UCUCUAGGGAAACGAUGGGAGGAGAUGGAGCUGGGAUUGUCUACUGCAUUGCGAGCCUGGACACCAAAGGUAAGGAGCUCGACUAUCUCAUCAAAUGCAUCUGCGAAGCCUUGGAUCUCUUCCACGCUCAGGCAAAGAUCGUUACCGUAGAUGUCUCAACUUCACGAGAUCACGACUCCAAGAACACCGGCGACGAGUUUGUCAGCCGAGAAACAGUUCUCUCGCAUCACCCAGAUGCGAGAUCUCGAGAAUUAUCUUCACUGCCAGCGGAAAGAGGGGCGGCGACUUCCGUCAUGGCCGCUGCUCUGGAGGGCUUCCUCAGGACAAAAUCCGCAGCCGCGGGGGCGAUUGGAGUUGGAGGAAGCGGAGGAACUGGGAUGAUCUCCCCGGCUCUUAGAAAUUUGUCCAUUGGAAUCCCCAAAGUUAUCGUCUCCACGGUUGCUAGCGGCAACACGGCGGCUUACAUCGGGUCGAGUGAUCUCAUAUUGGUUCCAUCAGUGGUGGACGUUGCCGGGAUUAACAGCGUAAGCACCACCAUCUUCGCUAACGCCGCAGCGGCGUUUGCCGGGAUGGUAGCAGCAAGGGUGCCGAGAAAACUCUCUACUGCUGGAGUGAUCCAGGAAAAACUUUCGGCAAGGCCGAGUGUUGGUGUGACCAUGUUUGGAGUGACAACUCCCUGCGUGACCGCGGUUCGUGAGGAGCUCGAGCGGCGAGGAUACGAAGUUGUUGUGUUCCAUGCCACGGGCACUGGUGGAAAAGCCAUGGAAAAUCUAGUAGCUCAAGGAUUCUUCCAGGCAGUGCUCGAUCUUACUACCACCGAGGUGGCCGAUCACAUUGUCGGUGGUGUAAUGGCUUGCGAUGAGAAUCGAUUCACGUCAACCGUGGAGAAAAAAAUUCCUCUUGUUCUUAGCCUUGGAGCUCUCGACAUGGUGAACUUUGGAAGCAAGGAGACAGUCCCUUCGGAGUUUUCUGGACGUAAAUUCCACGUCCAUAACAGCCAGGUGACUUUGAUGCGGACAACAGCAGAGGAAAAUCGAAAGUUUGCAAAGUUUAUAGCCGAGCGUGUCAACAGAUCUUCGGCUCCUGUUCGGAUCUUGUGCCCUCUCAAGGGAGUUUCAGCGCUUGACGCCGAAGGCAUGCCAUUUUUCUGUCCUGAGGCAACAGAUGCUUUGCUAGACGAGCUCAAGAAAGAAAUACAUCAAACGCCUGACAGACAGCUAGAGUUCCUUCCUUGCAACAUAAAUGAUCCCGAGUACUCUCGAGCUGUCGUCGAAGCAUUUCUGGAACUCGUGCCUCCCGUUGAUCAGGCGAAAAUUCCUCCAGCUGAUGAACUUGACAAUACCUCGACUAAAUCUACCAGCGUCACCAGGAAACCUCCACUUCCUAGUAUCAGAAAAGACGCAAAACCAGGUAGCUAUUUUUGUUUGAUCCACUCACGCACACACUGUUUUAUCGUUCCAGAAACAGUUCUAGCACGCGAGACAAUCCUUGCAAAUCUGAAGAAGCAAAUUAAAGAUGGAGCUCCUGUAAUCGGUGCUGGCGCUGGGACUGGAAUCUCUGCAAAGUUUGAGGAGGAAGGAGGAGUGGACUUGAUCGUCAUCUAUAACUCUGGACGCUUCCGGAUGGCCGGGAGAGGUUCUCUCGCGGGUUUGCUACCGUUCAAAGAUGCCAACGCUGUCGUUGUUGACAUGGCCAACGAAGUUCUUCCGGUUGUGAAGAAAACUCCAGUUCUUGCUGGAGUAUGCGCCACAGAUCCUUUCCGGCAAAUGAGUCGCUUCCUACGCGAGCUCGAGCAGAUUGGAUUUGUCGGUGUGCAAAACUUCCCUACUGUAGGACUUUUUGACGGGAACUUUCGACAAAACCUUGAAGAAACUGGCAUGGGAUUCGGGGCGGAAGUGGAGAUGAUAAAACAGGCUCACGAAAUGGGACUUAUAACAACACCGUAUGCGUUUAACGAGGAAGAGUCACGAGCAAUGGCUCAAGCCGGCGCGGACAUAAUCGUGGCUCAUAUGGGACUCACCACCGCCGGCUCCAUUGGUGCUAGCACCGCUCUCACGCUCGAUCAAAGUGUGGAUCGCGUCCAAAAGAUCGCCAACGCAGCCUCAGAGAUAAAUCCAGACAUCAUAGUCCUGUGUCACGGAGGACCGAUCGCUGGACCCGAGGACGCCAAGUAUGUUCUCCAGAGAACCACGGGAGUUCAUGGAUUCUAUGGAGCUUCUAGCAUGGAGAGAUUGCCAGUGGAGAGAGCUAUACGAGAGACAGUGUGCCAGUACAAGGCGAUCACAAAAUAAACGCUCCAGAUUUUGCUCUCCUAAGAGGCGCCAAAUUGAACGGCCAGGAUUUGACAAGCCGUAAAUUUAGAAUGUUUAAUAGGAAAUAGAAUAUACCACGAACAAAUUAAAGCUUC